AUGACGAGUCCACGCAGCCCGCGCGGCCCACGCGAGCACAAAGCUGCGACUGCUGCCGACGUCGCUGCUGCUGCUGCUGCGGCUGCCGACGAGUCGUUCUCGUCCACGUCGACGAUGGACUCGGACUACGAGAUCCCCGUCGCGCUCCAGCGACUGCACGUGUGGACGAACGAGCGCGUGUCGGCCAAAGUGUCGCAGGCGCUCUACACGAUGAACACGAUCCGCGAGAGUGAGUCCCUGCGCUCGAGUAUGGUCACGGCGUCCAAGUGGAAGAAACGGGGGUACCACCCGUACAAACCGGACGCGUCGGGCUACACGGCGCUGCACCGAGCGGCCAAGCGCGGAGACGACGCCGUCGUUGCGUCUCUGCUCGCCAUGUACGACGGCCAAGCGCUGGUCCUGGCGUCCAUGAAGUCGCACAAGCAGCAGCAGAUUGCACUGCACAUUGCGGCCAAGUACGGGAACCUCACCGCCGUGCAGCAACUCACGGCGCCGGCCUUUCGAUCGCUUGUGAACCUGCCCGACCGCAAUGGAAACACGCCGCUGCACUUUGCCGCCACGUGCUCGGCAAGUGCAGCUGCAAGCGUCGUGGCGCUGCUGCUCAUGCGAGGGGCCGACCCGACGAUCAAGAGCAAGCGAGACGUGUUCCCGAUCAUUGCUCAUGUGCUCACGGCCCAAGACGGCGACAACCCAGAGAUCGUGCGCUUGCUCAUGAAACACGGGAGCGAUCCGAAUACAAUUGACGCGGCGGGCAACACGGUGCUGCAUAUUGCCGUGUCACAGGGUAUGUGGAAAGUGGCUGCCGUACUUGUGCGAGAGCACGCCGGCAUGACGAUCCGCAACAACAAAGGGGUGAUGGUGCUGGACAUUCUGUCGCCGCCACAGCUGGCGUGGUUGGCCAAGUUCAUUGUGCACCCGCCCGAGUGGGUACCGUAUGCAACACAGCGCUCGUGUAUGGUGUGUUCACGCAAGUUUGGGCUGCUUGUUCGACGUCACCACUGCCGAUUGUGUGGCCGCAUUUGCUGUGGUCCGUGUUCCAAGUACAAACGUCAUCUCCCGUUUGCAGACACGUCGGCCAAGCAGACAAAGAUCCGACGACAUGACUUGAUGAAAGUUUGUAGUACGUGCAUCACCGUGCGUGACGCUGCGCACGAUGACUUGUCGUGGGCAAGCACGACAGCAGAUCGGUUGAUCGCGAGCGACGACGUGAUGAUGAAUUGUAAUGAUUAUUAG